UAUCAAUAGAUAUUUACUCGACUGCAGCUCAUCUCCCCCAAAGUCAAAUUUCUGUGAAGUAAAAUGUGUUCGAUAGCUUUUAUUAUAAGCAAAACAACAAAAUGAACAGCUUUUUUUUAACCUAAUUUUUUAAAACAUUAAGUAAUUUGAGUAAUUAUUUUUAUUUUGCUAGUUUUUUUUUUGUUAAAUGCACAUUUGAUAAAAUGAUUUAAAGUUGACCAAGACGUUUAGUUAUCAAUAGAUAUUUACUCGACUGCAGCCAAUCUCCCCCAAAGUCAAAAUUAUGUAAAUAAAAAUGUGUUCCAUAACCUUUAUUAUAAUGAAAACAACAAAAUGAACAGCAUGGCUUGGUCGUGGUCUUUUCACGAAUAUCCUUAAUGAUUUGAACUGAUUUUGAAACCAAAAUAAGUGAUUAAAAAAAAUAAUUAAAUUGGCUCCGAAAAAUACAGAGUUUUCUUGCAAAUCUUUAUCUCAUUUGAUAGACUCGUUGCUUGAACUAUGAUAAACAUUUUUUUCAUUAUUCAGUGAUAUAGUUAGUUGUCAUAACCAAUUUCUUCAUAAUAUUGUUUUAUUCUAGAGCAUGUCUGUGCAAAUUAGAAUCAUUAAAAAAAAAAAUUAUGAUCUCCUCUAAAAUAGGUUUUUAUUAUGUUUACUCUGGUGUAAAUGUCAAGGUCGGUGGUGUCAAGAGUGACCCUGGAAUUGUCCAACGGGUAAGAGUAAAAGGUUCUUAAAAACCUCACGGUGUUAUUAGGUGAUUUUUUUUACAAUAAAUAUGUUAAAUUUGAAACAUAAGAUUGAAAAAAAUAUCCAUUUGUUUCAACAGACUCUGUUUCAUUACGUUCACCGGGUAUGUCCACCUGAAAAACAAAUGUACAGCGUUGUUCUUCUUAGUUCUGUACACACUCUUCGUCUAAACAACGCUUCCAUAGUGAAAUUGAGCUCUAUGGGUAAAUUAUGAGAUAUUUUUAACUGCCUUUUUAGCAAUUACUAUUUGACUACAAAUGCUACUCUUUUCCUUUUUUAAAAGUAUUUUUAUCAUUUACCGACAACGCGAUUUUUUGUAAUUUAUUUUAUUUUAUAUCUUCGUAUAAUUUUUUUUUUUUUGGUUCUUUUUUAUUAUAUUUUGCAGAGUAUAAUUAUAUCAUAAAUUAUUGGAUCACUGUAUAAUUAGUUUGAAUCUCCUUUCAGGUGGCGUAUUCCACCUGACGAAAGGAGAUGUCAUUCAAGUGCGUCUAAUAAGUCAAGCUAAGAUAGAACUUGUAGAAGGGUCCAAUCAUCUGGGUUUAUUUCUCCUGCAUAGUCAAAACUACCCACUUUAAAUAUUUUUUUUUGUUUUUCUUUACCAAAGAAUCAAAGGAACGGCCCAAAAUUGUUUUGUUGAAAGGAGCAACUCGAUAUAUUUUUUGUUAAUUUUAAUAAUUAGGUAGAUUAAUGUUCAGUUUUAAAUAUUUAUUUAAGUGUGAACUUUAUUUGUAAUAAAGAUGACAUUUUGUAUCCAUAUUUCUUGCAGUUUGACCAUACAUCUAAAUGACUUCUUUGCAUGUUAUAGUUGUUUUGAUUAUUUCUUUUCGUCUCUGCCAACAGUGCACUGUAAGUCUAGAUCGUAUUCUUUCAAUGAUGAAAAGGAAAUUCUAAAAGGAAACAUCAGAAUUACCAUUGAAUACAUUUAAACCGUAAAUAAAAUACCGCACAGUGCGAUCUUAUUAAUGAAUCAAUAAUUGUAUUAUUAUUAUUAUUAUUAUUAUUAUUAUUAUUGUUAUUAUCAUUGUUAGAAGUGAUUAAAGCUUAUCAAAAGUAUUAUCCUAGAAAAUAUUUAUAUAUAAACAUUUUAGUUUUUCUUUUCUUCUUUGUCUUGAUGCAAGUAAAUCUUUUUAUUAAGAAACCAAAAUGAAAUGUUGAGUGUAAUUUAGAUCCUCUUUCAAAUGUUUGACUUUGUCCUUGUCAUUUGCAGUAUUUCUAGCUCUUAAGUUUCGCUUCCCAUGACUGUGAUUAUAGCAGACACAAUGAGACCACUAUGAAAUUUUCUAGCUUAUACUAUUGUAAUGCUAUUGAUUUGAAGGGGACGCUAUGACAUUUUAAUUGUACAUUUUAAUCAUAUUUUUUUUUCCUUUUUUUAAACAGUGAAUUCAAAACGCAAAAAAAAAAAAAAAUGCUAAAUGAUAUUGACUCUAUAAGUAAUCAACCAAAGACAUAAUUUUUGCACAACCGGAAUAUCGUUGCCUGAUUUCGUUAUGCCCUAUGAAGAACUCAACUUCCGCUUUUUUUUCUUUAUCAUCAGUUUUAUUGUAGGUGUUUGUACCUCGAUUUUUAAAACGCUUUAUAUUAACUUCGCUUUUCUUUGUGGCUGGCUGGCAAAACUUUUCUGACGGCUAAUUUAAGCCCUUCCGGUCACACUAUUUAAGCUGAAACUUGGGACAUUGACACAUUCAAGGUGACCUUGCCAGCCACAACAUAUUAUGUCCCAACUUCAACCCCACCAACGUCCACAACUCCUAACAAAUCAAGUGUUCGUAUUCUUCUAGCGGAACCGGAAGGAAAUAAGAUGACAUUGAUGUCGAGAAAUAAAAGAUCCGAUAACUGCACUAAAUGAUAUUCCUUGUUUUUAAAUAUCGUAAGUGCGUAAUAUCGUAAGUGCGUAAUAUCGUAAGUGCGUAAUAUCGUAAGCGCGUAAUAUCGUAAGUGCGUAAUAUCGUAAGUGCGUAAUAUCGUCAGUGCGUAAUAUCGUAAGUGCGUAAUAUGUUUUUUCUUGUUCUGAAAUAGCUGGUGACACAAACCUGAAGUUUAAAAGCGGUGGGUUAUUAGAAUAUUAUUAUGAUUAAGGGGAGUGAAAAAAAGUUAUCAAUUGUGAGCCUUGGGGUUGGGGAGAAGCACUAUUUGGGAUACUUAUAAAGUCCUGUUAUAAAUGUCCUGUUUUCAUGUAUUGUCAAAUUUUCAGGCUCCAUUCCCCAUUGCUCGAUGCUACAUUUUAUAAAGGAAUUUUGUGCGAAAACUCUUUUCAGGUUUUGUUUAAUUGUGCCUCUCUUUCCCAUUGUUUUUUUAUUAAAUAAAUUUUUGAUUAUUAUCUUC